AUGGAAAAACGGUGGUUCAAUUCGAUCUUAUCCAAUGUGGAAUUAGGAUACAGGUGUAGGCUAAGUAAAUCAAUGGAUAGUUUCAGUUCUCUUGAAAAUACCAGUAUAAGCGAAGACCCAAUUCUAAAUGAUACAGAUAAAAACACCCAUAGUUGGAGUAAUAGUAAUAGUAAUAGUGACAGCUCUAGUUAUAGUAAUGUUGAUCAUUUAGUCGGCGUCAGGGACAUUCAGAAUUUCGGCGCCGAUGAAACUUAUUUAGUUAGGGAUAGUAAUAAGGACAGUUAUUCCAUAUAUUUUGAUAUUGAAAAUAAAGUUUUUGAGAUUGACAAUGAUCAUUCUUUUCUGAGUGAACUAAAAAGUUCUUUUUAUAGUUAUUGGAAUUCUAGUUAUCUGAAUAAUGGGUCUAGGAGUGGCGACUCCCACUCUGAUCAUUAUAUGUAUGAUACUAAAUAUAGUUGGAAUAAUUACAUCAAUAGUUGCAUUGACAGUUAUCUUCGCUCUCAAAUCUGUAUUGAUAGUUAUAUUUUAAGUGGUAGUAACAAUUACAGUGAAAGUUACAUUUAUAGUUACUACAUUUAUAGUUACUUUUGUGGUGAAAGUGGAAAUAGUAGUGAAAGCGAGAGUUCCAGUCUAAGAACUAGCACGAGUGGUAGCGAUUUAAUUAUAAGAGAAAGUUCUAAUGAUGAAAGUUCUAAUGAUAAUGAUGAAAGUUAUAAUGAUAAUGAUGAAAGUUAUAAUGAUAAUGAUGAAAGUUAUAAUGAUGAUGAUGAAAGUUAUAAUGAUGAAAGUUCUAAUGAUAAUGAUGAAAGUUAUAAUGAUAAUGAUGAAAGUUAUAAUGAUGAUGAUGAAAGUUAUAAUGAUGAAAGUUCUAAUGAUAAUGAUGAAAGUUCUAAUGAUCUCGAUAUAACUCAAAAAUACAAGCAUUUGUGGGUUCAAUGCGAAAAUUGUUAUGGAUUAAAUUAUAAGAAAUUUUUUAAGUCAAGAAUGAAUAUUUGUGAACAAUGUGGAUAUCAUUUGAAAAUGAGUAGUUCAGAUAGAAUUGAACUUUUGAUUGACCUAGACACUUGGGAUCCUAUGGAUGAAGACAUGGUAUCUCUGGAUCCCAUUGAAUUUCAUUCAGAAGAGGAACCUUAUAAAGAUCGUAUUGAUUCUUAUCAAAGAAAGACAGGAUUAAGUGAGGCUGUUCAAACAGGCACAGGUCAACUAAACGGCAUUCCCGUAGCAAUUGGGGUUAUGGAUUUUCGGUUUAUGGGGGGUAGUAUGGGAUCCGUAGUAGGUGAGAAAAUCACUCGUUUGAUCGAGUAUGCUACCAAUAAAUUUUUACCUCUUAUUUUAGUGUGUGCUUCCGGAGGAGCACGCAUGCAAGAAGGAAGUUUGAGCUUGAUGCAAAUGGCUAAAAUAUCUUCUGCAUUAUAUGAUUAUCAAUCGAAUAAAAAGUUAUUUUAUGUAUCAAUCCUUACAUCUCCUACGACUGGUGGGGUGACAGCUAGUUUUGGUAUGUUGGGGGAUAUCAUUAUUGCUGAACCUAAUGCCUAUAUUGCGUUUGCAGGUAAAAGAGUAAUUGAACAAACAUUGAAUAAGACAGUACCUGAAGGUUCGCAAUCGGCCGAAUUUUUAUUCCAUAAAGGCUUAUUUGAUCUAAUCGUACCGCGUAAUCUUUUAAAGGGCGUUCUGAAUGAGUUACUUCAGUUCCACGAUUUCUUUCCUUUGAAUCAUAAAUCAAAGUAG